AUGUCGUUGUCUCUCUCUCGUACUUUGCCAGCCUCAUGGUAUACGAGUGACAAAAUUGUAGAUUUGGCCCAUGAUCACAUCUUUGAUAAAGGAUGGCUAUUUGUUACUCCCAUUGCAAGUUUCGUAAGAGGACAUUUGGAUGCUAGUCAGUUUGACUUCAAUGGACGACCGUUCUUUGUGAUCAAUGACAUCGAGGAUGUAUACCAGUGCCACGAUGUUUGCGCCUAUUAUGGAAACUAUUCUGAGAUGAUGACUGGGUUAUCUAUUGAACAGGUUUAUUCCAAAAUUGCCAGUGUUGAGAAGGUCAGAAGCUACACACACCCAAGUGGACUUUUUUUUGUCUGUCAUGAUAAGAAGAAUGCUCCUAGUUGGGAAGAUUUCUACGGGAAAAACUUGCAGCAAAUUCUCAAAAUGCAUGACUUCAGAAAGUUGCAAGUGCGCAGAAGAAUCUCAUAUGAUUGUAAGUUCAACUUCAUUACCUUCAUUGAUGGAUAUCAAGAGUGCUUGCAUUGCACAUAUACUCAUCCUGGUUUGAAAGCCACUCUCCCUCUUGAUGUGUACAAGAUUGAAAAUCUCGGUAAUUUCAGCCGUCAUUACUGCUUUGAUGAGAGAACUGGGAACGAAAUGAACGGUGUUUUUCUUUAUUUCUUUCCAACAUCAUCCUUGAACUUUUAUCAAGGAGGAAUGAGUUGUUUUCGCGUGAGACCAAUUGAUGGGAACAAUUCACGAAUGGAAUUCGAGUACUUUUUCAGUGGAACUGAUGAAGAGUUUGAGAAAUUUUAUAAGUUUGCUCGACAAGUCGCAACUGAAGACCAGGACUUGUGUGAAGCAUGCCAGAGGAAUCUCCAAGUUGGAAUGUACCGUGGAGGUAUUUUGAACCCAAGCAAAGAGAAUGGUGUCAUUCAUUACCAAAGUUUGAUUCGAAAUCGUAUUCUCGCGGGCGUUAGGGGUCUGCUCUUUUGGUGA